GACAGUCUUCCUGGCAGUGGAGCGCUUGUUGACGUUAUGUCCGGCCUCUAGGGGAGGGGUUGGAGGAGGGAGCCGUCUAUCUCCUCCUCAUUAGUGAAGGAAGCUGGAGGACCAGGCGCUGCCGGCGGCCACUGCUCCAUCACCGAGUGAGCAGAGAAUAAGGAGGGCUGACGUGGAAGUUGAGCUGGUCCAUAGGCAACCGCUGGUGAGCUCUCAUCACUCGGUCUUCACUAGUGGACCACUGACGACCAAUCACAGCCGGGCUGUCCUCACUCCGCUCAGGUGGUGGUGGGGGAUGCCAGCCAAUCACAGCUCGCCUCUCAUCCUGACUCACCACCUCAUUGCCACUGCUUGUUCGGAGUAGAGGACAGGUAAAGUGAACUACCAAUAGGGAGAGGGGGUGCAAGAGUGAAGAGCCGGGGGCGGCAGUUGAGGACAGCCAAUCAGCGGCCACCGUAUCACACACAGACCAGCUGUGACAGAGAUGAGGACCAAGAGGUGACUCAGCCAUCUCUAAGGCAACGGCCAGUAAGCUGCUAGACCUGCUUCUCAGCACUCCCUCUCCGCAGCCUGCCACUGCUCCCUUUUACCUGUGGACACAAGUCUGACAGGUGACAACUCUGCACUCUGGUAGCCAAUCAAAGGAGAGAGCUGUAUGCCAGGAUACACUGUGCAGCCAAUCAGCAAGUAGCUUUUCCAGUGCCUGUCUAUUAAAACAGGAGUGCCAUUCCAAGACGUGGGGUGUAUCGGGCAGCGGUGCCCAAGUAUUAUCAGCAGAACAAGAAACCAGCAACAAGUGCAGCGGAUAAAGGAUCUGCCGGCAGUUUACGCCAACCCACAUUGGGAUCCUCAAAUUCAGGACAGCAGGACACUGACCUCCAUGAAUGGAAAUCGGAACCGCAGGACCCGUGGGGGCGCAGCCCUUUUUUGUGGUGCCCAGACGGCCUGGCUAUGGCACCAUGGGGAAGCCCAUCAAGCUGCUGGCCAACUGCUUUCAAGUGGAGAUCCCAAAGAUUGACGUCUACCUCUAUGAGGUGGACAUUAAGCCAGACAAGUGUCCCCGUAGAGUUAACAGGGAGGUUGUUGAUUCCAUGGUCCAGCAUUUCAAGGUCACCAUAUUUGGUGACCGUCGACCAGUGUAUGAUGGCAAAAGAAGCCUGUACACCGCCAACCCACUGCCCGUAGCAUCUACUGGGGUGGACUUGGAUGUAACAUUACCAGGAGAAGGAGGGAAAGAUCGUCCCUUCAAGGUCUCCAUAAAAUUUGUCUCUAGGAUAAGCUGGCACCUGCUGCACGAAGUACUUACUGGGAGGUCCCUUCCAGAGCCAUUGGAACUGGACAAGCCAAUUAGCACCAACCCUGUCCAUGCUGUUGAUGUAGUGUUGCGGCAUCUGCCAUCCAUGAAGUACACCCCUGUAGGACGUUCCUUCUUCUCGGCUCCCGAAGGCUAUGACCACCCUCUGGGAGGGGGAAGAGAAGUCUGGUUUGGGUUUCAUCAGUCUGUCAGACCUGCCAUGUGGAAAAUGAUGCUUAAUAUAGAUGUUUCUGCCACUGCCUUCUACAAAGCACAACCAGUUAUUCAGUUCAUGUGUGAAGUUCUAGAUAUUCAUAACAUUGAUGAACAACCUCGACCUCUGACCGAUUCUCACCGGGUAAAAUUCACCAAAGAGAUAAAGGGUCUGAAGGUUGAAGUAACUCAUUGUGGAACAAUGAGACGGAAAUACCGUGUUUGCAAUGUGACAAGAAGGCCUGCCAGCCAUCAAACCUUCCCUUUACAGCUGGAGAAUGGGCAGACCGUAGAGAGAACAGUCGCUCAAUACUUUAGGGAAAAGUAUAAUCUCCAGCUGAAGUAUCCUCAUUUGCCCUGUCUGCAAGUUGGACAGGAGCAGAAACACACAUACCUGCCUCUUGAAGUCUGUAAUAUUGUAGCUGGCCAGCGCUGCAUUAAGAAGCUGACUGACAAUCAGACCUCCACUAUGAUCAAAGCAACAGCCAGGUCUGCCCCAGACAGGCAGGAAGAGAUCAGCAGACUGGUUAGAAGUGCAAAUUAUGAUGCUGAUCCAUUUGUUCAAGAAUUCCAAUUUAAAGUGCGGGACGAAAUGGCUCAUGUGACGGGGAGAGUACUUCCAGCUCCGAUGUUACAGUAUGGAGGGCGAAAUCGCACAGUAGCCACUCCAAGCCAUGGGGUUUGGGACAUGCGGGGAAAACAGUUUCACACUGGUGUGGAGAUCAAAAUGUGGGCCAUCGCAUGCUUUGCAACGCAGAGGCAGUGCAGAGAAGAAAUCUUGAAAGGAUUCACAGACCAGCUAAGGAAGAUCUCAAAGGAUGCUGGGAUGCCCAUCCAGGGUCAACCAUGCUUCUGUAAAUACGCACAAGGGGCAGACAGUGUGGAGCCGAUGUUCAGACACCUCAAAAACACAUAUUCUGGGCUCCAACUUAUAAUUGUUAUACUGCCGGGAAAAACACCAGUUUAUGCUGAGGUAAAGCGAGUUGGAGACACAUUACUGGGAAUGGCUACACAGUGCGUCCAAGUGAAGAAUGUAAUAAAAACAUCUCCUCAAACUCUCUCAAAUCUGUGCCUAAAAAUCAAUGUCAAAUUGGGAGGGAUUAACAAUAUCUUGGUACCACAUCAACGGCCAUCUGUGUUCCAACAACCAGUCAUUUUCUUAGGAGCAGAUGUUACUCAUCCACCUGCUGGAGAUGGCAAAAAACCUUCAAUUGCUGCUGUUGUAGGCAGUAUGGAUGCCCACCCAAGUCGAUACUGUGCGACAGUACGGGUACAGAGACCUCGGCAGGAAAUUAUCCAUGACCUUGCUUCCAUGGUGAGAGAACUUCUUAUCCAGUUCUACAAGUCUACGCGCUUCAAACCCACACGAAUCAUCUUUUAUCGUGAUGGAGUCUCAGAAGGACAGUUCAGACAGCAGGUCUUAUAUUAUGAGCUGCUAGCAAUUAGAGAGGCCUGCAUUAGUCUGGAGAAGGAUUACCAGCCUGGAAUCACUUACAUUGUGGUACAGAAAAGGCAUCAUACAAGGCUAUUCUGUGCAGACCGAACUGAAAGGGUUGGAAGAAGUGGAAAUAUUCCAGCUGGAACCACUGUGGAUACAGAUAUAACACAUCCUUACGAGUUUGAUUUUUACCUCUGCAGCCAUGCUGGAAUACAGGGUACUAGCAGGCCUUCUCACUAUCACGUCUUGUGGGAUGAUAACUGUUUCACUGCUGAUGAACUCCAGCUGCUCACCUACCAGCUGUGCCACACGUAUGUGCGAUGCACGCGAUCAGUCUCGAUCCCUGCGCCUGCUUAUUAUGCUCAUCUUGUGGCAUUCAGAGCAAGAUACCAUCUCGUGGACAAGGAGCAUGACAGUGCUGAAGGAAGCCACGUAUCUGGUCAAAGCAAUGGUCGGGACCCACAAGCCCUUGCCAAGGCCGUGCAAAUUCACCAGGAUACCUUACGUACCAUGUACUUCGCGUGAGAGCAACUUUUGUCCCUAAGAAAUGCACAGGUUUGACUUACAACAUGGAACCUGAAGGCUCUCAUGUGGGUUUUCAGGGCCCAGUAGAGUGGCUCACAUUCUCCUGCCCUUCAAUCUCUCCCAGGCCUUUUCUUCUGGCUUGCAAUGAAGCCCAGGCACAGUAAUUGAGGGGAGGGCUAAUCCUGGGAAUAGAAGAUUUUUGAGGAACACAGCACUAUUAUGCAAUAUGAAACCAGCCAACUGCUAGAUCGUUGUAAUGGAGCCUCCACUUGGAUGCACUGCUUAAGUUUUGUCUUUCUUUUACUUUCCAAUAUUUGAAUCCUUUUAUGCCUUUACCUCAGAUUGCUCUGCAGCACUAGCUGUCUUUGCAAAAAAGAAAAAAAGACAAGUAAAUCAUGGGGAUGUGUGGGAGUAUGUUUGCAUAUCUGUGCACACUUGGGCUGUGUUUUUCCGGUACAUGGGUAUGCAGCAUAAUUGUGAUGCGGCAGUUCUAAUUAACCUGCUGUAGUCCUUUUUAAAUGCAGUCGAUAUAUUAUCAUCUUUUAGCGGCCGUGACUAAUACCUAAUCCUAUUUUCAGUUCACCCCUUCUGAUGAUAUUGGAGUUACUUGUGAAACUCCAGCUGCACAGGGGUUAAAAUGUAGAGACAGCCUCUAGUGUGCCCAGGUGUGUUUAUAUGUGUCACAUGUAUAUGUGUGUUUAGUUAUUCAUUACAUAUAUGUGUAUACAUAUACCUGAAUGAAUGUACGUAUGGAUAAUGCAUAUGAAGUAGAAGGACGUCAUGCAAAAAAAAAAAAAUAACCAGAAUUUAUAUGUGUGUCACUACCUGUCCACUUUUUUUUUUUUUUUUUUUUGCCUUUUUAUGUUGUCCACCUUAUGUGCAUAAGUCGUGUCCUUUAGUGCUUCCCCUUUAUUUGUUCUGCAACAUUAUAGUUAGCAAGAUGCAAGCGGGUAUUGCAUGUGCCUAGUGCUAUGGUCAUGCAAGUGACUGGAUAUAUACUUCAGCUAUUACAAGAAUAUUGCCACUUAUUACCAAACGUCAUUGUGAUAGGAAAGGCUUAGAACUAGGUCUUGGCCUAGAUACUAUGGCCUCAUUUCUUAAGCUCUGACUUUCUUGUGCAAAGAAAUAUCCCUGAAAAAGAAAAUCCCACAUCCCAGUCUCGACGCUUUACAAUAUUGACCACCCUAACUACAUCCCCUUAUUCUGUAUGCUGCAAACGGUUGUCCAUCCCUGCACAUUAGGGAAGUGUUUUAACCUUUAACCCUCCAAAUAAUGCUGUAAAGGAAUAGACCUUCUCUUUAGACUUACCGUAUGUAAGGUAUACAUGGUUGUGUGGAAAUUGUACGCUUUUCUAGUAUUUAUAUAUAUAUAUAUAUAUAUAUAUAUAUAUGUAUUUAUUAGAUUAAUUACACUAAUUUAAUUAUUUCAGAGCGUAUUCUCUGCCACCAUUGUUUUUUCCCUUUUUUUGGACUCACAAAAGAUAUAUGUUUGAUUUUGCUCUCAUUUUAGUGCAAUAAGCAUAAGUGAAUUUAAACCCAGCAAUGCCAAAGAGGCCUGCAUCGACCCUGCCGGCCCCUGUGGCUACUUUGGGAUUAAAAUAAAUGAACGCCUUAACUAUGAAAUGAACGUGUCUAAAUAGUGACGUCUACCCCGAAAUAUUUUGGGAAGUACUGUGUUCCUGUCAAUGAAUAGUGCAAUGCUUUGGCGUUUCAUACUUUACACGUCUGGAUCAAAAGUUUUUAUUUUCACAUAAGGACCAACAUGAUCUGUUUAGUACACCUUGUCAGAAGUGUUCAGGAGGCAAGUAGUAUCCAGGAAUCAAUGUAACAGUGGUGCGAGUUAAACCACGGCAUGCCAUUUUCCCCAAUAACUGCAGUCUUUUAUAUUAAAUACAUGGUUUACUGCUAUUUUUGACAUGCCGUCAAAAAUAGCAGUUGGUAAGGUGCACUACACGGCCGUAUAGUCAGUCCAUGUCUCAACUGCACAUUUCUUGCCAAAGGCAACAUCCGCUUUUUGUUAGUCCUGAAACGGUAAUGUCACUAGGAGAGCUGUAAUCCUUUAUCUGUAGACGGGGUGUAUCUGGCUGGUUGUGUAUAUUCAGGUGCACUGUAACAUUUUCAACCAUUAAUAAGCAGCUUAAAUUAUUAUUAAUGUAUAUGUAUAUUUUAGAUUUUAAUAGAAAUUCUGAAUAGAAAGUUAAACCCAAGCAAUACUUAUUUUCGUAUUAAUCUAAAUUUAAUAUGCUAUUUUGACACCAGAAAAUUAGUUGGUUAAUUCAUAUUAUCUUUUUUUAUUUCUAAUAAUUUGUAUUUGUCAUACUUAUAUUACUUUAAAUAAGUGUCAUGCAUCUUAUAACCAAUAUAGUAUUCCAAAGAUAACCUUUUUACCCCCUAUAAAUUUAGAGGUCAGUAAGGUAUUAACUACAGAUUAUUGUUACGCACAUUGCAUCACCUCAUACUUGGUAUGAACCUCAUUUGGUUCUCCUUGUCAUGUCAGUUGCACAGAACACUGCCCACUAAUGGAUAUCAUGCAAGAUAUAGCUUCAUAGAAAGUAAGGAUGGGGCCACCUGGCCAGUAUUCACAUGGCAGCGUCAGAGAUGCUGUCAGUUGCCAUGGUUUCCCUGUCUAACCCUAAAGUCCUACGGAAUAACGAUAUUUUGGUUAGUUGCCGGUUCUGUCUCUGUAUUGAUAUGGGGUUCUUUAGGAAGCAUCAAGAAAAAAAUUAUUUUACAGUUUUUAUAUGGUACAGUAAACAUAGAUUAACUAUAAAUAAAUUGGACUAUUUAUUUUGUACAGAUCUUUAGGUAUAGCCUGUAUUAUAGCCAAGAGCUGCAAUCAUAAUUCUGCUGUUCGUUUGGGAGUAGUGUUGAGCGAACUUGUGUUUUAAGUUUGGCGUCCAAAGUUUGGGCUCGGGUUAUCGAAGAAUCCCGUUAUGGAUUCUGCUACCACGGACCAUAACGAAAUUCCGAAUUCCUUGAUAAACGGAAUUUUGGAUGCCGAACUUAAAACACAAGUUUGGGUGCUAAUAAACAAUUUGUCAACAGACCUAUGCUCUCCUCCUCCCUAAAAACAAAAACUUUUCACUGAGUUCUCAUAAUGUAUUAAGCACUGCACUCUGAGAGUGCCCCCCCUCCCCCAACCAUACAUCAGAUUAAUGUACUGCAUCCAGUAUAAAAGGGAUUGCAUAUUACUAAACUCUGUACAGAGAUUGAACCAUCGGGGUAUGCUCCAAGGAUUUAGCAGAGUAGCCUGUACAUUGAAUUGCCAGAUUAAUGCAUGCCAAUGGGAAAAAAUGCAGGAUCUGGCAUUCCAACAAGUGUUCUGGAAUUUAGGACAGAGAUAAAACCGCAGCAUGCUGCGGUAUUAUCUCCGUCCUGAAAAGUCAAAA